UGGGAGGCGGAGGCCCCUGCUGUCGGGGUUCGGAAUGAGAGCGGCUCCGGGUCGCGGGGUUCACUGGCCUCCUCUUGAGCUUCCCAAGCCACCUUGGGCUCCGUGUUGGGCAUGGCUAAGGCGGAGAUGGGCGGAACUUGUGGGAAGUUUGACAGCUCCUCCGCUGUGAAACUUGGCGUCUAAGUCAUCCCGUGGUUUCUAUGGAGGUCGCUGUCAAGAUGGAGUUUCCAACCCAGUAAAUCCAAGGGCCAGACCGUGACCUCAUAAAGCAUGAUCUCCUUCUGUCCAGACUGUGGCAAAAGUAUCCAAGCAGCAUUCAAAUUCUGCCCCUACUGUGGAAAUUCUUUGCCUGUAGAGGAGCAUGUAGGGUCCCAGACCUUUGUCAGUCCACAUGUGUCAUCCUUCCAAGGCUCAAAGAGAGGGCUGAACUCCAGUUUUGAAAUCUCUCCUAAGAAAGUGAAAUGGUCCAGCACCGUCACCUCUCCCCGAUUAUCCCUCUUCUCAGAUGGUGACAGUUCUGAGUCUGAAGAUCCUCUGAGUUCCUCUGAGAGAUCCAAAGGCUCCGGGAGCAGACCCCCAACCCCCAAAAGCAGCCCUCAGAAGACCAGGAAGAGCCCUCAGGUGACCAGGGGUAGCCCUCAGAAGACCAGCUGCAGCCCUCAGAAGACCAGACAGAGCCCUCAGACGCUGAAGCGGAGCCGAGUGACCACCUCACUUGAAGCUUUGCCCACAGGGACAGUGCUGACAGACAAGAGUGGGCAACAGUGGGAGCUGAAGUCCCUCCAGACCAGGGACAACCAGGGCAUUCUCUAUGAAGCUGCACCCACCUCCGCCCUCACCUGUGACUCAGGACCACAGAAGCAAAAGUUCUCGCUCAAACUGGAUGCCAAGGAUGGGCGCUUGUUCAAUGAGCAGAACUUCUUCCAGCGGGCCGCCAAGCCUCUGCAAGUCAACAAGUGGAAGAAGCUGUACUCGACCCCACUGCUGGCCAUCCCUACCUGCAUGGGUUUCGGUGUUCACCAGGACAAAUACAGGUUCUUGGUGUUACCCAGCCUGGGGAGGAGCCUUCAGUCGGCCCUGGAUGUCAGCCCAAAGCAUGUGCUGUCAGAGAGGUCUGUGCUGCAGGUGGCCUGCCGGCUGCUGGAUGCCCUGGAGUUCCUCCAUGAGAAUGAGUAUGUUCAUGGAAAUGUGACAGCUGAAAAUAUCUUUGUGGAUCCAGAGGACCGGAGUCAGGUGACUUUGGCAGGCUAUGGCUUCGCCUUCCGCUAUUGCCCAAGUGGCAAACACGUGGCCUACGUGGAAGGCAGCAGGAGCCCUCAUGAGGGGGACCUUGAGUUCAUUAGCAUGGACCUGCACAAGGGAUGCGGGCCCUCCCGCCGCAGCGACCUCCAGAGCCUGGGCUACUGCAUGCUGAAGUGGCUCUACGGGUUUCUGCCAUGGACAAAUUGCCUUCCCAACACUGAGGACAUCAUGAAGCAAAAACAGAACUUGGGUGACAAAGCAAGACUCCGUCUUGGACUUGUUGCCCAAGUCAUCUGGGAGGCAGCUGGCCAUCUACGUCUGAAGUGCAGGAGUGAAGUCUAAAGGGAGACUCAGACCCCAGGAAUAUCUCCAGAGCCAUCAGCUGAAGCCCCGGGAGAGGAUGAGAUUAUCUGGGAAAGCAUAUAGAGUGGGAAGAGGGUGAACCCUCCAGUAAAUGGCGUUGAGUCCCUCAUGCUUCCCUGUUCUUAGUGUGCCGUGAAGUCCUUCCCAGUCCUUCCCAGUCCUUCCCUCACAUGAAGCCUUUCUCGUUUUAUUUUACUCCCUUCGUGUCUCCCAACUUCCUUCUCUCAACCAUGGACAGCUGCUCAAGCACACUUAACGUGUGUUCUGCUGAUGUGUUCACUUAGAUGUAUUUGUACCCUCAAAAUCGCAUGCUGGCCGUGGUGCUGUGUGUGAUUUGCGUAAGUGAUGUUCCACUCUGCGUCUCAUCUGUCUCUGGCUCUCUUCAGCUUUAACCCUAUCCCUACAUGUGGACCGAGUUCACUGCUUCUGACUCCGGCUUCUAAAUCAAUUUUCUAUAGACAUGUCUGUGUCCUUAAACUAUAUAUGGUGGUACUGUGUGUUAAUUUGUAUAAAUGGUACUAUGCUCUAAACCUCAUGCUGUUUCUUGCCUUCUUUCACUCAAUGUUAUGUUUUUAACUUUAACUAUAUACCUAGUUCACUACUUCUGAAUACUCCUAAAUGUGUUAGUUUAGAUGCAUCUGUGUCCUUAAAAACUCUAUGACGUUCUUGGGUAUGUGUUUAAUUGGCAUAAGUGGCACCAUGCCCAGAAUUUCAUCCUCCUUCAGACAAGGGGAUGUGUGUCGUCAUUUUGACUUCCUUCUACUGACUGUUCAAAGCUAACAUUUAUUAUACUCUUGUCUGUGCCAGGCACUGCCCCUGGUGCUUCCCCUGCAUCCUCACAACUGCUCUGAGCUGCGUGCUCUCAUGAUCUGUGGCACAGAGAGCUUAGGUAAUCAGUCCAGGCCACACAGCUACUAAGCAGGGGCUCCUGGGCUCAAACCUGGGCCAUUCAACUCCAGAGACAGCCCAUGUCACCUACGUGCUGCUUCCCAAGUGGAGGAGGCUUAUGAGGUGAACUGGUGAUUCCUGGACCCAGCCUACCUUCACUCAACAAAUACUGAACCCUUGCCAUGUGGUAGACUCUGUUCUAGGCCCUGGGGAUACAGGAAUGAGUAAGACAAAAACCCCUGCCCUCAGGGAGCUCACAUCCUAUUGCGGGAGACAGGAGCUAAAGGGUGAAACACAUGGUGUGUCAGAGGUCAGACUGAUGAGGGUCAUGAGGCCAGGUCCUGGGUGUCCACUGGUGGGACUGUUGGUGGGGGUAUGCAGCACACUUGUAGGUCUAAUGUCGGGGGCAGGUCUCGCAGCGAUGGUAACACGUAAAAUGCCCCCUGAAGGAUCAUGAAGCUUUAAACAGUGGCAAGAAGGAUGACACAGUUUGAUGCUAAUUUGCCCCAACAUCCCUGCGGAAAGAGGAAGAGACAGGCCUUCAGCCCCCAGACUUCCACAGGCAACCUCUGCAUGGGAAGCCAGCCUCAGAACCUGCUAGAACACAAGUCCAUUGCCCCAUUUUCUUGGAGCUUAUUUUUACACUUACUCUCUAGCUUUAACAGAUGGUGCUGGGGUUUUCUGCUCACAGUGGUGAGACAGGUUUCUUUUGAAAUGAAGCCAGGUGAAAACGAGUCACAGUCCCUGUGUAAGUGAAGGUAGUGAAAUGCUCCCUCACACACUCUAAUGGGUUAGUUCAGGACAAGGCUGAGCUGUUCUCACAAGGAGACCCCAAAACACUGCAGCUUCCAUGAGGGAGGGUUCACUUCUCUCACUAACAGUCCCAAGGCAGGAGACUGAGGGCAGUAGGGGGGCCUCAAUUCCCUGUGACACACACACACAUCCUUCUCUGGAUACAACAGAGAGCACACAUUGUGGGUGCCCAAGGAAUAGCAGCAGAUCUGGCGCGGUGGCUCACGCCUGUAAUCUCAGCAGUUUGGAAGCUUAGGUGGGCAGAUUGCUUGAGCCCAGGAGUUUGAGACCCGCCUGGGCAACGUGGUGAGACCCCAUCUCUACAAACAAAGUAGCCGGGUGUGGUGGCAUGCGACUGUAGUCCCAGCUACUCAGGAGGCUGAGGUGGAAGGAUCACUUGAGUCCAAGGAGGUGGAGGCUGCAGUGAGCUGUGAUUGUCACUGCACUCCAGCCUGGGCAACAGAGUGAGACCCUGUCUCAAAAAAAAAAAGGAAAGAAAAAUCGUAGUGGAAUGAAGAACAACUAAGGAGUGAAUGCUGAGCCCGCCCAGGCUUCAGUGUGGACACAGAGGUCGGGCAGACGCAGCCCCAAUGUCGGGAGUUCAGGGCUGGGAGGAGACACGGACAGGAAGCAGGAGCUGCAGGUGAGGGUGGAGGCAGCCCGGCACUGUGGGAGCAGAGGGGAGGCAUAGGACCCCGCCACCGGCUCCUGGAAACCCUCACCUGGGAGAUGCCUGACCUGGUCUCUAGAGAACACAAGAGCCUCCCAGGUGGGCAAGGGGGAGGCAACAUUCCUAGGCAGACAGGACAGCACAGCUCUGAACCCUCUCCACUUACGCAUUCAGUGCCGGGUUCCUGAGGCCAGUGGCUGUGCUGGACACCCAGGUUAGAAUCAGCCCAUGGUGCCUCUGAACUCCAGUCUUGUCAGGGAAACUGGUCUCCAAGGCUCCCCUGGGUUGUCUUCUCCCCGCUUCACUUCCUAACUCCUAAGAGCGGUCUUAUCAUGCUUUUCACAUCCCCCCAUCUAAAGAGACUUGUUGAAUGUGACUGGUUCACAGAGAGGGUCUGCACUCGCCAACAUGGUGCAGGGUGAAUUAAGACAGGUCAUGGUAAUCAUCUCAUAUCAAUGAUAGCAGCAUGGGUAACAGUAAUUCCACAGCCCCAGCUCCAGACCACAACCAUAGAGGGCCAGGCGCACAAAAAUGCUCUCUGGAGAGCAGCUGGCAAUGUUGACACUGUCCCCCAGAUGCACCUCCUCACCCCCAGCCCAUAGUCUGUUAGCCCAGACAAUAACCAAGGGGACCACAAGGGGGCGAUGUUGCUACAUGCUCGUUUCCUGGCACCCUAAGGUGCCCUGCGCUAGGACGGUUUACUGGUAUACAUGGCCUUUUUCCAUUCAUUCAACAGAUACUCAUUUUUUGCACAUUGUAGUUCACGACAGACAGAAUGAGUAAAAGAAGGAGGAGAGGCCGUUGAAGUCCCCGAGGCUUUCUGGCAUUCAAGGCCCCUUGCUGGGCAAAGCACAAAUGAGAGCCAGCUUUGGACCCGCUGUUAGGGCUGCCCACCUGGCCAGGGAGAGCCCAUGGCAGGCGGUGGCAGUGGUGUUGCUGUGCAGUGUAUAAUGUCCUGUUGAUGGCACAACCGGGCCUUCCUGCGCAUGUAUGUCGAUGGCCGCCAUGGGACAUCUGUGGACCUAUGCACAGGCCCAGGAGGGACAGAGUUCCUCCGCCUGGAGGGGUCUGGGGAAGACUUCUUGGGAGGCCAAGCCCUCGAGCUGUAUCUCAAAGGGAGAACAGCCACCUGCCAGAGCUCAGGGUGGGGAAGACCACCCAGGCAGCGAGAGUGAUAUGUGCAGAGGCAUAUGUGUGUGGAUGUGUGGCCUCAUGGGCCUAGGAGUCCUUUGGUGUGGCUGGGACAUGCAAUGGGAGGAAGGAGUGGGGAGACGGAGUCAGAGGGUGGCCAGUGUGUGCUGGGGAGCCAUGGGAGGGAGGAUGGGCUGUGAGCAGGGAGGGUCAGGGACAGGUGUAAAGAGACCCUCUGGGGCCACAUGGGGAUACACAGGAGGCCAGGAAGGAGUUGAGGUCCAGGGAGAAAGGUUGAGGGCUGAGCUGGCCCCAGAUCCAUGGGGCAGAGGAGGACAUGGGGCAGAGGGAGUUGAGAAACUGGAGGGUGGGGCUGGGGGAUGGCGAAAGCAGGGUCAGAGACCAGUGACUGGGCAGGUGGUGGGAGCUGGCCCGAUGGGCCAGGCAGAGAAGUGGAGGGGCUGGGCCUGGAGGAUGGAGCAAAGGCAGUGGGCAAAUCAGGAUUUUUCCUGAACAAACGGGUGCGCGUGCAUGCAUGUGUUUGUGUUAUACAUAUAUGUGUAUGUGUGUGUAUGUACAUAUACAGUCAGUCCUGAUUAUUCAGAGUCCAUAUGUGUGAAUUCUCUUACUCACUAAAAGUAGUUGUAACCCCAAAUCAAUUCUUGCUGUUCUUUCAUGGCCACUUACAGACACAGUGUGGAGAAAAAUUUUAAUCAUCUGACACACAUGUUCCCAGCCUAGGGUGGAACCAGACAGCAUUCUGCCUCCCUAUUUCAGCCUCCACACUAUAUACGCUGGUGUCCUUUUCACUGUUUAGUUAAUGCUACAUUUUUUCCUGUUUUUAUGCUUUUUGUCAGUGAUUAUGCCAUUUAAAAUGGCCUCAGCCAGGCGUGGUGGCUCACAUCUGUAAUCCCAGCACUUUGGGAGGCCGAGACAGGAGGAUCAGACCAGCAUGGGCAACAUAGUGAGACCCCAUCUCCACAAAAAAUCAAACAGCCACCUAGCGUAAUGCUGAAGGGCUGUCUGAUGUCCCGAAGCCUGAGAUGGUUAAUAAUUCGUGUGUUUUAUCAGCUUUGUUCAGGCAUGAGCUACGGUGCUGUUGGCCAUGAGUCUGUGGGGAAUUCUUAUCAUUUCAGGUUGCCUUGGGAUUCAUUUUAAUGUAAGCUGGACUUUGUCAUGCCAGAAACAAGGCUCGGUCACCGUCAGCACAGUUUGCAGUUUUCCACCUCCUCCCAGUUCCUCCAUGUGGUUGACCCAGAUAUCUCCGUUAUGCAGCCGCCUCCGGGGGACCACCUCCCUCCCUUUGAGUCAGCCAUAGACAGCCUACUUGACGGCCCCACUGGCCCCCACAUUCCACUGAACUGUGCGGAUGCCACAGUGACCCCCUCUCAGGCACAGCAUGACCUCCUGAAGUCAAGCCUGCUUGCUUUGAACCUACCAGUUAAAAUCCCCUCAAAAUGUUUGGAUACCGCCCAUUGGCCCCUCACAGCCACGAGCUCCCUGACCAGUGUGUGUGUGUGUGUGUGUGUGUGUCUGUGUGUGUGCUUGGGAUGGGUGGGGAGGUCACCUUUGGGUGUGCGGUGUGCCCCCAGGACCUGUAAGUAAUAAAAUCUUUAUUUCCA